AUGGGUGUUACGAUAUCCUCGAUUUUCAGCUCUCUGUCAUCGCUCGCUUCAUGGGGUAAGGAGAAGGAUGUCCGAAUUCUCAUGGUCGGACUUGACAGUGCCGGGAAAACGACUAUAUUAUAUCGGCUUCAGAUUGGGGAAGUAGUAUCGACCAUUCCCACUAUUGGAUUCAACGUUGAAAGCGUAACAUACAAGAACAUCAAGUUCCAAGUAUGGGACUUGGGCGGUCAAUCUAGCAUACGACCCUACUGGCGAUGUUAUUAUGCCAAUACCCACGCCAUUAUCUACGUAAUCGAUGCCUCCGAUCACGACAGGCUACAGACUUCCCGGGCAGAAUUACUUACAAUGCUGGCAGAAGAAGAGCUAAAAGGCGUACCUGACGUUCCUGGAGCUUUGCCUCCUGGAGAGAUUUCGGACCGCCUUGGGUUAGCUGGAGCAGAAAAGGGGAGGGAAUGGAGUGUUCGAGGAAGUUGUGCUACUAAAGGGGAGGGGCUUGAAGAAGGGCUUGAUUGGCUUGUUGCAACCAUACAGAAGAAAUAA